AAUUAGUGUAAAGUGUUGUGACCGUGAAACUCUGCGGAUUCGGAAGAUGAUGGAAUGAUCGGAAGUCUGUGCUGGAGGAGUCGUUCGAGGAAAUAUUCUAGAAAUCGCGCGAUGCGGUUGUGGUCGGGCCUGUUUCUGCUCACGGCGCUCGUGACACGAGGGUCGUGUAUCGUCGAGCAGCUGGAGAACACGGAGCACGGCAGCAACAAGAACGAGCUCCGGUCCUACCUGAACGCCGCCAAGCCGUUCAUAGCGUCCUUCUGCAAUUUCGGAAAGACCGAAGGCGAGCCUUACGAAGAAUGCCAAAAAUGUACAGAGUCCCUCAAGCUAUUCCUCGAUCAUCUGGCCGAACAACGAACAUGGGCCGUAAUGAUGGCCGAUGCCUUCGUCAAACCCCCGACGGGGAUCUUGUCAGGAACCUUCAGCUUCGUGUCGAACUACGAUCAAUGUCUGAAAAUCCCUGAGUUCGAUCUCGACGACAUUGAGAACGUUCUGCAAAAAUAUCCGCGACUACCCUCCAAAGUCAAAGGAGCUUACUGCAGCUUCAAGCUGCGUUUGAAGAGGAACAAAUACUUCAAACGACCCGAGAACGAAACCCUCAGCGAAUUCCAGGAGAAUAUGAAGAAGGAAGAGCACAAGAUGGAUGAUGUGUACAAACUGCAGCCUGAGUUCCCCGGAUACGUAGGACUUUGCGUCCCCUCGCCCUGCUCCAAAGUGUCAUUCGAGAAUCUCGGUCUGGCGAUGAAGAACAUUCUACUCAAGUAUAUCAAACCCAAUCGAGAAAAGUUUCCGAUCUUGGUCGGCAUUGACGCGGUGUCCUGCCAUCAAGCCGAUGAUCUCCCCCCCGCAAACUUUGGUGCCAGAUUCAUCUCUGGCAUAUUCAUCCUCCUGGCGAUAAUCGUUCUCAUCGGAACUCUAGCGGACAUCAUAUUCUGCUUGAAACUGAAGCGCGAUGAUAUUUCUAAGGAUGAGGCCAAGCACUCGUAUGACUUCGCCUUGGAGGGUAACUUCGCACAAAUGCUCCGCUCGUGCUCGGCCGUGGUCUCUUUCAGGCAGUUGAUGGAUACGCGUGUCCCAACGCACACCGUCAAGUGCCUUUACGGAGUCAAAUUUUUCGCCAUUGUCUGGCUCAUUAUGGGAAACACGGGCCAGCUUCGCGCAGGAAAUAUGACGACGAACAUGAAAGAGAUGGAGAAAACCCUCCAAACAAUGACCACGCAGUUCGUACUCAACAAAGAUUUGGCCGUCGAUACUCUGCUGGUUGUGAGCGGAGUUUUGUUUGCGUUCGGACUCUCGAAGAGAAACGGCGUCGGUCACGUCCUGCGCUACAGCGGUCACCGACUCAUGAAGACAGUGCCGAUGUACUAUCUCCUGCUUUGGUUCCUCGUAUGUUGCUUCGCGCGAAUGGGAGCAGGACCCACGUGGGAUAUCGAGAGUCAACGUUACUUGUCAAAGUGCGGGGCGACGUGGUGGGCAAACAUUGCAUUCAUUAACAACUUCCUCAAGGUUGAAAAUCAGUGUAUGCCCCACUCAUGGCUUGUCGCCUAUCUGAUGCAGGGCCUCAUCGUUGCAGUUAUAGCUACGUUUUUCUGGAAAAAGAUGGAAAACGUGACCCAUUUCGUGCUCGGAGUUCUAGUCGUGACGACCAUGAUCAUAGAUUUCGUUCUGAACCUGUCGAAUAAUCUGGGCCCUACGACGCUUCUUCGGGAAUACCGUUCAGGAUCGAAGAACGACUACAUGUCGAUUGUGGGAAUGCAGAUCUACAGCCGAGGGGGCCCGUUCUUCAUCGGUCUCAUCAUAGGUUUCAUCUUCAACCAGAAGAUGAAUAGCAAGGGCACGUUCAGCAAGCUCGGCCGACUUGCCACAACAUUCAUGUGGCUUAUGAUUUUGACCGUGGUCAUUGUGACCAUGAACGCCACGUUCAAUUGGAACCGAGGUGCAUCGUAUCCCAGCAACUCCGUUUCGGCUGUUUACGACGCAUUCCAUCGCGUAGUGUUCGCGCUGGGUACGGGGCUCCUCAUCAUGAUGUGCCACGCAAAGAAAGGAGGAAUCGUCAACAUGCUCUUGUCGUGGCCCGGUUUUAUUCCUGUGGGCAAACUCUGGCUCCUUAUCUAUCUUGUGCACCCGUUUGUUAUUUUCCACAGCAACGGCACCCUCCGCGCUCCUGUAUAUUACACCAAAAAACAGCUCUUCUCCGAAAUCUUGUGGAACCUCGUCAUCUCCAUUGUUGUUUCGAUCGUGCUCCAUAUUCUGCUUGUAGCUCCGUUCCAGGCUAUCGAGCGCUUCUUCUACGACACUUUCAUCGAGCCAUCCGAUGAGAGUGAUUCUAGCAACACCUACCUGCGGUACACGUAUCCGAAGAAGGAUGUGGAGACCGGCAGCUCGAAUCAGAGCAGUCCUUCAGCGCGGAAAGACCGGGAAGAGCUGCCCGAACCCUACGACAAGCAUCAGAGAGAUUAUCCCAACGGCGAAGACACGACGGACAAAUCCGACGAACAAGAGGGGGAGCCUCUCGUGGCUAACGCUCGGAAUUCGCUAAGAGAUCAUUCGCACAUCGGAGACUUCUACGAGGCUCCUCGUAUCGACGCCAAUAUCGAUGAGCUAGAAGAAUCACCGCGGAGGAGCCGCAAGCAUCUGGAGAGCCUAGAAGAGAAGCAGCUAGCGCAGAAAUCUGGAGGCGAAAAAGGAACAGGAGACGAGAGAAGCAAUUUGAUCCAGUGAAUGAGACAGGAAUCGUAGCCGGAAAGAGAGAAUGAGAGACCUGGUUUUCGCUUCAUCAGCUACUUCUCUGCGGAACAGGAGACGUUUGCAGAGCGGGCGGCCGGAACAAGACUUUGCCAAGCGAGCUUGCAGCCAUCAUCGUUUCCCCAGGGCCAAAGCCUUGCGUCCGAUCAACAGCUCCCCUUGAGAUUGGAGACACUCGAGGGAACAAUCGUCCGAUUCAGAAUCACAGUAUGCAUCGAACAGCAUCUACAGAGUCAGCCACCAAUACCUUCCCACAUAUUACACAUUCAGAGAACUUGAAGACCGACCUGAAAUUAGUACUUAGAUCCGGCGCUGCAUCCAACCUCAAAAGCCUCGGAGGCGGUGCCGGCGAACGAGAGGGAGAAAGUUUAGCUUCGAGUCGACUUCAGAGUUUGAAGUCUAAGUUGAAGCUGGUUUCGAAAGACGAGGUCCACUAGUUUUGUUCGGAGGCAGCAGGGAGUGAUGUGGAGCGAAGUAGAAACUUGGUUAUCCACCUGACUUUAAUCAUAGCAAUUAUUGUGAUGUGCCAUAUAAGUGAGCCUACUCCCCUGAGAGACGGGAAUAUCCGUCCGCCUAAUUAUGUCGUUUUCUAAACGAGGCGGACUAGUAGAAUUGUACGUUCGGGAGGAAACUCGGUGCUACUCGAAUAUGUUUCCGAGCGCGUAUCUUUGGAAGAAAACAAAAUCGAGCCUGAAAAUGGAGAACAAACGUUGAACAGUGUGAGAGAUAUAUGUAGGUAUUUUUUUACCUCCUGAUGAUGAGACCGAGAGAGGAGAAUGUUUUCUAAUAAAUAGUCUUCAAU